AUGUCGGAGUUGCGUUGUGGGCACUGUCGGUCUACGCGUGUGCAGCGUGACGCGGCAGGUUUCUACGUGUGUGCUGCAUGUGGUACGGUGGUUGAGAAUGUGCGUGCUACAGAGAGGGAUGAAGAGGACGUUUUGUUUGAAUAUACGGGGGACAAGAGUGGUGAGACAGGUUGGAGUCGGUUGGUGGCAGCGCGGAAGCGUCGUCGUGUUCGUGCCGGUCCGGCGCCUGCACCGGAUGUGUAUUUCCGGAACGAUUUUGCGGACACACGCGUGCGUCGAGAGUUAACGGAGGCGGAUUUGUUAUGGGCCCUGGGUCUGUCCAUACGCCGUGCUGUGGCCGAUCUGGUUGAGCGUUAUCAAGUCGACGACGGCGCCGCUUGGGAGUCAAGUGCGCGCUUCGUCUGGCUUUCAUUGCUCAAGUUCUACAGACAAAAUGGCAUUGCCUUCCGUUCACACUUCGCGGACAGUGCACAUCGACACCUCAACUUACUCCCCACCCGUCUACCCGGCCUCCUCCAAGACCAACUCGCACCACUCGAUGACCAAGGCCUCGCUUUCCCCGACCUAGGGCCCCAAUCCGGCCAACGAUCCCACUUGGAGGACCACGACCACUUGGGAUCGGACCACGACCACUUGGGAUCGGAGCUUCCGGGCUGGUUGAGAAUUUAUGUAACGCUCACCAAGAUUAUGUCGACGAGCAUGGUGGACUAUGCGAGCAAGCUGUUGUGCGAGACUGAGACUGCGUCCUCGGAACUGCGGUUGUUAGAGAACGCGCGUGUGUCCGAAGCGGGACGCGAACUGGAGGCGGAACCGGAACCGGUGGGACGCGAACCGGAGGCGGAACCGGAGGCGGUGGGACGCGAACCGGAGGCGGAACCGGAGGCGGUGGGGGGAGGGGAAGACGACGUGGUGUAUCGGCAUUUGCGGGAGGUGAAGGAGGGCGCGUCUCCGUGGUCCCGGAAGAGUCGGUGGUCGCCGCGAAAG